UUUGAUCUGGACUUUCUACUUUACCUACACUUCAUCUCUCGACGAGGAUGAAGAAUCUGGUCUUUCUCUCUGAACAUGUACUAUUAUGUCUCUUUUGGCCUUCAUCACUGUUCAUCUCUCUCCUUUUUCGUUUCCAUGUCAGGACAUGAAUCAACAAUGAUCUUCUGGUUUCUUGUAAUUUUGAAGUAAACUCCAAAGAAAACCUUUUUUCAUGUGUAUAUCUUAUUUGAUUAUUUCACUCUGUUUAAAUGUCCCAUGAACGAUUAAGAGUUCAGAAAGUCAAACGAUCAGAAGGCUGAAUUAGAGACAGAGAGAACCAUAAGAGUUAAUUAAUUAAUCAACCACUUAUUUGAAUUAGAGUCUCCUAAUGAACUUAUUGCAUGAUUAUAGCGAUAUAUAUAUGAUCAUCAUUGUGAAUACAUGAGGAAUGAAGAAGUAUGAAAUAGAAAAACAUGAUUAUAUUUGAUCACUAGAUAAUUAUUUGGUAAUAACAACCAACCAUAAGCAUGUUCACUGCAUAAAGAGUGAAUUACAAAGACCAAAGUUACUUGCUGUCCUGUCCACUACCAUGCAGUUUGUCAAAGUAACCUUUAGGGUCACUCUCAAAGUUAUCUCUUGAAAUGUCGGAAGAUCCGUUGCUCCCCGGAGCAACCAUGUAGCCACCUCCUCUACUUGAUGUUAUCUUGUACUAGAAACUCAAUCCUGUCAUGUGCAAAUCGAACAUCUUUGGUUGCUUUAUGAGUAAAAGAUCUUUAGUAGUCUGGUGGAGAAUAAACAAGAAGUCAAGAAACCAUUUUGAUCUAAAAGUUCGGUUGUGGUCAGAACCAAUCAGACGAGUAUAUGAAAUUUUGCUGACUGAUUGUUGUGUGAAUGAGAUUUAAAAAUGAGCUAGAACCAACUUUAAUUUGCUUCACUAAAUUUGGAAUCCCAAUCAGUAGAUAUAUUAGAAAAAAGGAAAUGUGAAAAACCGACCUAUGGCCCAAACCAGACGACUAUAAGUACGUUCCUCCUUCUUCUUCUUCUCUAAAUCCGUAAUCUGAAAAGAUAUCGCAAAGCGGCAGCCUAGGGUUAUAACAACAUCUCGAUGGACACGUACUCUCGCAAGCGAUCCGCCCCCAAGGAACCGUUCGAUAGUGAGCCUGCUGCUAAGGAAAAAUUCAAUUACAUCAGUUCCAGGGUUAGGAUAUCUGUUGAAGGAUUCAGCCAUGGCCGACCUACGGAUGAAAUCAAGAGCGAACUGAUUAAUCACUUCAAAUCAUGUGGCGACCUCAUUAGCGUUGAGGUUCCCACAGACCCUAUUUUAGAAAGUCGUGCUUUUGUUAAUUAUCAUGGACAUCUCGCAAAAGAGAGAGCGUUGCAACUUAAUGGAUGUGACAUUGGAAAUUGGAAGGCCCUUGUUAAGUUUGCACCCCGGGAAGAAGACCUGGAUUACCAGGUGUCAUUACGUUAUCAUAGAUCUCUGUAUUCUGACCUAGCCAAUGACAAAAGAUUUUGGUAUGGCAUUGCCGUUUUGGGGUAUGACACUUCCCUUCCUGAAGAUCAAGUCAAGAGCAUUUUGACAGAACAUUUCUCUUCUUGUGGAUUGAUAACACAUGUUUUCGUUUGUACUCCCGACGAGUGUACUAAUAUCUAGUUUUCCAAAAAAGAAGAUGAAGCUAGUGCUAUGGAUCUUAAUGGAAGUAAAGUGGGCGGAUUCAAAAUAACUACUAUGCUCUUAGCCACCGCCAUAAGUAACCCUCGCCUUGCCCCCGGUGAUGAACCUACGGUUGGCUAUUCUAUCCCAGCUCCUUUUCUUGAGUUCGCCCGCGAGAUCAAUAAGAAGCGCGAUGAUUAUAUGACUGAGUGGAGGGUCAAGGCGAGGAGGGAGAGGGUCAUCAAGGCGAGGAGGGAGCAGGCUUUCAAGGCCUCGUAAUAAGGAGAUCACCACGGCCAUGAUCAGGAUGGAGAGGAGAAGGGCUCCUUUGAGAAGGAGAGGAUGUUGAUGUAAUAAAUUUCUCUCUCAAGAAACUAAGAAGCUCUUCGGGUGUUUAUCAAUCCUGUGAUAAUAAUAUGCAACCUUCUUUAUCAGCCGUUUGUUUUGUGUGUGUGUGUGUGUAUGUGUGUGUGUGUGUUGUGGAUGAUAAACUUAGAACUUAUUUAUCUUAGUUUUAUUAGCCUUUGGUAGACAGAAGCAUAAUCUCCUCA